UAAGCUCAUCUCUCUCUCUCUCUCUCUCUCACAUAUCAGCAGUCAGCUACAGCGUACAGCAAGAGAAAGCUCCGGCGAAGACCACGUUCCCCUUUGUUUCUCUCCUCCUCCUGUCCUCAGUCUAAGUGAUAUUAUUAAAAAAAGAAACAAAAUUUAAUGUAAAAGGGUGCAAAAAAUAAAAUAUUUGUAUAUUCGGAAAAAUCGGCGAUCCGAGUCGUUGGGAGGGAAAUCGCCACGGGAGCAGAGCAUUGUCCCUCUCGGACUUGCAAUCACUACCCGCCUCUUCAAAGACCUCUUGGGUUUGGAGACACCGGAAUUCCAAGUCUCGUGCCCCGAUCCGUUUCAGUUUCGAAGAGAGCUUUAAUGGCGUUUCAAAUGCAUUGAAGGGAAAAUAUAUGAACGCCUUAAAAAACUGAACCCGAACCCUUCGUUCCCCCUUUUACGGCGACAGAGCUCCGGAUUCGGUUCUCUUCUCCCCAUUUCAACAAAACCCAGAAAACGAAAAACACACAUGAUUAAAAGAUUGUAAAUGUUGAGCUGAGUGUUCUUGAUCCUGGUUGAUGCCACGAGCAUUGUCUUUACCGAGUUGGGACGUCGUUGAAGGUUGGGGUUGUGUGCGUUGCAGAUCCUGCAGAUGGUGGUGGCUCAGAAUCAAAUGUGUUGAGCUUCAGGAAUUGUAGGGGGGGCCAUGAGAAAAAACGACAUGGUCAGAACGCAGGAAAGAAUGUACACAACUGCUCUGCCUCCUCAGCAUUCUGACUCCGACAGUCGAAUUAUCGACACCCCUGGCCCGUCCCUGCAUCUCUAUCAAGUUUGGAAAGGAAACAAUAGAUUUUGCUUCAAUGGCAGAAUUAUAUUGGGUCCAGAUUCGAGGUCAUUAUUCCUUACCGUGUCCCUAAUCGUUGUUCCAGUGAUCCUGUUCUGCGCUUUUGUUUCUCAAAGACUAGUUGAGCAAUUCCCACGCCAUAUUGGCAAUCUUAUUGUGGUUCUCUGUCCUCUGUUUGCAGUAUAUGUUGUUAUUCUUCUCUUGAUUACAUCUGCAAGAGAUCCUGGCAUUAUUCCUCGUAGCCUGCAUCCUCCAGAACCAGAAGAUGACGGCUAUGUCUCUAGUAUCUCUUCUGAUUGGCCAGGAAGUCAGAAUGGACCUCCCGGUGUACCACCCACAAAAGAUACUAUGGUUAAUGGCGUGAUAGUCAAGAUCAAAUAUUGUCAAACAUGCAUGCUAUAUCGUCCACCCAGAUGCUCUCAUUGCUCUAUAUGCAACAACUGUGUUGAGCGUUUUGAUCACCAUUGCCCAUGGGUGGGGCAAUGCAUUGGGAAAAGGAAUUACAGAUUCUUUUUCAUGUUUGUGUCCUCCACGACCAUGCUGUGCCUCUAUGUCUUUGCCUUCUGCUGGGUAAACAUAAUGAAGAUAAUGGAUGCUUACCAUUGCAAUCUCUGGAGAGCUUUAUCAAGGUCACCUGUUUCAGGAUUUCUAAUUCUCUAUACAUUUGGAGCUGCUUGGUUUGUUGGAGGUCUCACUGGAUUCCAUCUCUAUUUAAUUUUCACCAAUCAGACAACCUAUGAGAAUUUUCGGUAUCGGUACAAUGUGAAGAUGAACCCGUACAAUCGUGGGUGUUUUCGCAAUGUUGGGGAAGUCUUCUUCUCUAAAAUUCCGAGAUCUAAACAUAACUUCAGGGAAAUGGUUAAGGGUGAUUCGUCUUCUGUCUUUGCCAGUUCAAUGUCAUUACGCCAUCCCAUGAGCCCAGAGAUUCCCAAAACAAGUUCUGACAUAGAGAUGGGAAAACGACAAGCUGUUGCUGCUGAAGAUCUGGAGGAUAUACAGAGUCAGAUUGAUAGUGUUGGUGGAUUGGAGAGGUGUGGAACCCAGCCAAGACAUACGAACUGGGAUCACAAAACCAACUGGGAGAGCUCACCUGAUAUACAAAUGUUGGCUGCUGAGUUUGGAAUGGAGCAUGGUUCAACAGGUAGACAGAAAAUUGAAGGGGCUAAUGACCUUAAGACCUAAAUUGUUGGUGAGCAAUUGUAUGUUCUGAUCUUACAGCCAAGAUGAUAGCUGCUAACCUGGAUAAUUGAAAUUGGUUAUUGACAUAGUGCUGAACUCCCCCACUGGCAAGAUGUUGUCACACUCCAGUUCUUUGUGGAUACUUGGGGCCAAGUGUAGUGCUAAAAAGCCCUCAGCAAACCAAGGUCCGCAUCUGAUUUAGUCCUUAUUCUUGAUCGAAUCACGGAAGAGCCUGCUCAUUGCUGUAAGAGUUCCGGUGGUGGCUUUGAUUCAUGUGAGCAUUUGAGAUCAAUAGACGUAUAUGUGAGUUGUUGUACCUUUUAAGUUGAAAAAACUGAACAGACAACUAAUUUUCGGUCCAGAAAUUAGACUUGUAUAAACAAUGUCCUAUGAAAAUUUGUGUAAUAUAUAGACAGUUUAUUUCUUAACA